GAAUCACAAGCGAUUAGUAUCAAUUGCGCCACUUAAUUUCAAUCAACGUGGCCGGCCGCGAGAAAGACAUGUUCUAGAACCUAUAGGUCUUUGAGGUGGAGUCUUCUGUUCGAAUUUUCGAGUUUGCAUUUCUCUUAAGUUGAGGGCAUCGUGUUGUUUGUUGCUAUCAUCCUCCCUCUCCUAAACUAUACAUGCUUUUUGUAUCGUUAAGUCACUCUUUUAAUCAUGCUGUUUAAGCAUAUUCUUUCUGCCGCGGCGUUGUCGGCGUUCUAUGAGGUGACGAAUGCAAGCAGAUGCAAGCCUAGAUUGACAAGCAGUGGGCUAUUAACGACAACCUCGUCAUAUAUCUCAGUUCCAUCAAGCACAUAUGCAGUGUAUACGACUUCGUCUGGGUCUUCUUUCGCCUCGUCUUCUUCUACGCCUUCGUCGACUUCUUUCACUCCAUCGUCUUCUAUCACAUUGUCAUCCAGCUCUGUAGUUGUCUCUUCAACGAGUACUGUCAUUUCAUCAGCCUCAAGCACGGAAUCUUCGUCCACUGUCUCUGAGACGAGUUCUUCCGAAAUCCCAUCAGUUUCAAGCACGGAGUCCUCAUUCACCAGCUCUGAGACAAGUUCUUCCGACAUCCCAUCAACUACGAGCGUACCAGUGUCUGAAACGGCAUCUUCAAGUGUACCCGCUGAAACGACAUCUUCCAGCGUACCCGUGUCCGAAACGGCAUCUUCAAGCAGUAGUGUGGAAACAUCGUCAAGCACGAUUUCAUCGGAUGUAUCCUCUAUUACAUCUUCAAUUGAAUCUUCCACAUCCUCAGUCGAAUCUUCGGCCACCUCCUCAACCACAUCAGCAGAGCCCACGCCGACAACUAAUCAAGCGGUUACAAAUCCCGGAUUCGAGACCACAGAUCCCAUCACUUGGACAUGGGCAGGAUACAACCUCAAUCUUGCUACAACCGGCUCCUCCACCUCGGACCCAUUCGCGGGGUCGCGGUCGUUCAUCGCUCAGGGGCUUCCAGGACUAUGGCAGAUCCGGCUAACGCAGACGGCCACGGUCGUUUCCGGACAAGUCUACCAAUUCCAAUAUACCUUGAAGCAAGACGCGGGUGCGCAGUGUGUCAUGGAUGUGUUGAUCAAUAACGUGCGCACACGACGGCCGACUCUGACGUCCAGUCCCGGCCAGUAUGUCACAUACACUGAUUCUUGGACGGCUACGAGCGAUACCGCGACGAUUCUGUUUAGUUCACAGUGUCAAGCCGGGGGACCUAUACGUAAGCUGUAUUAUGACGACGUUACUCUGACUCCGGUCCAAGCAACACUCCCCGUGCGUUCGAUAUGAUGUAGAAAGACGCCUUGGGUCUGCUAAUUGGCGGAAUAUGAGGAAGAUGAGACAAGAAUGUCAUUUCUGGUCGGGAACAUAAUGUAUACCUACCUUUAUUUAAUGGGCCUUCGAUGGUCACAUACAUAUAAUAUCCCAGAAUCUAGAUAAGCAGACAAGUAUCAUAUCUAGACUUAAUAUAGAUACAAUCCCCUAGUAUAGUGUUACUCCUUUAAGUGCAAGGCAAUGAAGAUUUUGAUUUUGGAAUUGAUAGGUAUCAUCGCAUCUGUGAUCUUAAACGUUU